CACACCUUUUUGAGGCGGGGAAAUCUUGGUGGUCCCAGCGCGGGAUGUGAAUGAUGGUUGUGCUGGAUACUCUCAACCAGAACCACCACGAGACAGGUCCCAGACACGAUAUCCGCGGGUCAUGGCACACUCAAAGGCGGCGAAGAAGCGGAAGCAGAGCGUGCAAGCCGAUCAACCUCGAAAAGCGGCCAAGACGGCCCCGACCGCCGCGACGAGGACACCACCCGACAGCGACGACAAUGGCGCCACUGCCCUCGAGCCAUCCAACCUGCACAGCGUCAUCUCCAACGAGGAGCUCGAGAUCGCCGUCGAGACACUGUCCACUCUGGCCAAACAUCCGGGGCUGAUAAAGGCGAAGCAGUGCAAGGACCUGCGAGCCGCUGUCUUUGACUUUCGCCAGAGCUGCACCAGCGGUGUCAACAACGCCGCUGGCACGAGCCUUGGCCUCACGGCACGCGUGACGGGCGCGCUGACGGACGAGAAGUACGACGAUGCACGGAUCCUGCUGGUCGAGAUGAGGAUACGGGGACAAGAGCCCAAACUGGGCGCUCUGUGCCGUUGGGUGCGAGACUUGGACGUCAUCAGCGGACUCUCGACAUGCCCCGAUGGCGACAACGGUGCAGCCGUCUACGAGCGCAGCGAGCGCGACAAGCAGCGUCUCCUAGUGCUCGACGCCGUCUUGCGCGCAUGCGGCCACUCUGACAGCAACCCCCACGCCCUGCCGCUGCCCCUCUCGGCCGUACCGGGCAUUGCGGUCCAAGAGAUAUGGGACCUGCACCCGCCCAGCUCGCUCCCAUCCACACUCCUACAGACCUACGCCUCGGUUCUCGACAGGCGCAUCUUUGACUCGGCUCCUCGCGAUCUCGCGUCCUUCCUUCGCGUCAUCGAGCGCACCCCCGGCCCGCAGCGCAAGCCCCCGAACCAUCACGACGCCCUCCUUUACACGACCGAGCCGGGCACGAUCCCCCUCGCCGCACAAGACACCCGGACGCCGGUCGAGAAGCACGCCCACCCUGUCGUGCCGGGCCUGAGCCUCCUCAAGGGCCUUCUUUCGCCCGACGAGUGUACAUCUAUCAUCGCCGCUGGCGAGAUGGUUGGGUUUCUGCCCGACGCCCCGCUGCGCGAGGACGGUGACGUCAGCAUCCUUGCGCACAACUUCUACUGGGUCGUCGACCAGGCCUUUCACGACGCGCUCUGGGCUCGCAUCCGGGAGCUCGUCCCCGCGUCCGUGGGCGGCCGCGCCGCCCACGGCCUCAACCGCCGGUUCCGCGUCUACCGCUACGUGCCGGGGGCCGAGUACCGCGCGCACAUCGACGGCGCCUGGCCGCCCUCGGGCAUCCGGCCGGACGACGGCUACGUCUAUGACGCCUCAGAGGGCAAGCAGAGCUCGCUCUUCACGUUCCUCAUCUACCUCAACGACGAGUUCGAGGGCGGCGAGACGACGUACUUUCUCCCCGCUGCGCGCGACGGCACGCUCAACGCCUACCCGGUGCGCCCGAUCAUGGGCGCAGCGGCGCUCUUCCCGCACGGCGACGCCAGGGACGCGCCUCUGCACGAGGGGACGGGCGUGAGGAAGGGGGCCAAGUACGUGAUUCGCACCGAGGUCGAGUACGACAUCAAGCCCUCUCUAUAAUAAAGCUGCCGUCGAAUUUUAGUCUUCCAUCUACCCGGCUCGCGCUUGGAUUGAGUAUUCUUUGUGAUGGAGGCGACCUGUCUCUACCGCAGCAAAUACGGGGCAACGUCACCCGGCCAGCAACUUCCGGUGAUACGGUGUUUUCAGCAUCUGGCAUAGCCCACGGGACCAACGCCAGCGCCAUCCUCCCGGCCAGUCGGCAGUUGACAGACGCGAUCUGGACACCUCUUCUACUUCAAGCUAGCGAUACGAAGGGGGCUGUUUCCAGCGAUGGUUUCGCAUGCCACCCGACACUCAGAUGUGUCAGGCUCCACGCCGGCCACCAGCCCAUGUGUAGAGCACCCGCACCUGUCGCAUUCCCUCCGUGUGUCCCUUGCGAACUGAUAGCCCCAUCUACACGCGUGCCUUGCAGUUCUGCAGACUGGCUCGUUUCCCGGUUGGUCCGUCAGAGACCACCGAUGCAGCCGUAUCUGAGUCGUCGAUAACCCGAAUGGCGACUUACGGGCUUUCUAACUCUGCGGUUAACCCUCACCCUUCGAGGGCACAGUCGGGAGGAUGGGAAUCUCUUGGCACGGCCAAGAAGGGUCGGCUCACGCCCACCCACAAACCAACGCUGGUGCAAUCCGAAAUACAGGGUGGGUGCAGGGUAGGCAGACGUGUGCAAGGCGGGUUAAAAUCGGACUAUGUCCAGGCGACUCGGACUUGUUAGUUCGUGGCCGUUCCUUUAACGCGCCGCUUGUUUAUCGUGUGUUCGGGCACUUGUCUUUGGCAGCCGCAAAAAAAGUCCGGAUCAUUAUUAGUAGCUAACUACCUACUAGGUAGCUGUGCGAGCAUUUCAGGCACUCGUAUUUGUGUAUGAUGGGGAGGCAACUCGCCAGCUUCAUAAAUGGCAUAACUUCAAAUAGACGCCUCCAAUAUUUUUACGUGCCGUUAACCUACUCGCGGCCCGAGCCGUUUGCUAUAUGCAUCAGACUGAGCGGAGCGGACUUGGCU